AUGUCGUCCAGUUCCAAGAACUCGCAAGCUUCUCGCAUGCCGAACGAGUUUGGCAGUGACUAUUGGGUCCGCAACCAGAAAGAGCAUCGUCAUUCUACCGCAGGGCGUGGUCUCUUCGCUGGCCUCCAAGACGUGAAACACUACAACGUCGAGAACGGCUGGGCUCGCCGCAAGUCCGAGCCGCAAUCAUCAGGGUUAUUCAGUUUCAUCUACAACAAGAUCACGGGUGGAGCUGCUUACCAUGCCCCGACCGACUAA